AGUGUGUGUAAAGGCUUGACUUUCGCGAGUACCUUCCACCCUUAUUAGAAAUUUCUUUGUUAAAUCUAACAAUAAAUUCGUCAAAGUAUCUGUGAUUUAAUUAUAGAAUAACAAUGAAGACCUUGCUUGCUGUUGCUGCCUUCUUGGCUGUAUGCGCUCCCUCAUUAGCUACACAAUGCCACGUGAACCCAGUCAAUAUCCCGAAGGAAUGGAUCACGAUGCACAGACCCUGCCGCGACUCCAUGCGGCGUCAGAUACAGAUGGAGGUGGCUGCAUCGCUUCAAUACCUCGCUAUGGGGGCGCACUUCUCUAAAGACUCUGUGAACCGGCCAGGUUUCGCUAAAUUGUUCUUCGAAGCCGGCUCAGAAGAACGCGAGCAUGCCAUGAAAUUGAUCGAAUAUCUUCUGAUGAGGGGAGAACUCACUUCUGACGUCACAUCCCUUAUCACCAUCAGGCCCCCGGAGCGUAAAACAUGGGAUAACGGCGUAGAAGCCUUGGAACACGCCUUGAAGAUGGAGUCUGACGUCACUAAGAGCAUCCGUACUGUCAUUCACGCCUGCGAGGACGAUAACGAGUUCAACGACUAUCAUCUGGUCGACUAUUUGACUGGCGAAUUCUUGGAAGAACAAUACAAGGGCCAACGUGACCUCGCCGGCAAAGCGUCCACCCUCAAGAAAAUGCUCGACCGUCAUUCAUCGCUUGGCGAGUUCAUAUUCGACAAGAAACUCCUUGGUAUUGAUGUGUAAACGCAGUAUGCAAAGUUAAAAAAUAAAACUCAUUUUCAAUAUUUCCCGCUCUUUUUGGCUGUCCUUUUUUUUUAUAAGGCCAUACCUAAGGAUCAAGUUGUAGUCAGUAUAUGAUAUUUUUUUUGCCUGUAUAUUAUAUGGAACAAAAAAGGUUACAAUUACAUAUUCCAUAAUGCAAAUUAGUUAUUUCAUAAUUAUUUUCUUACUCAUUGUGUAAGUAGUAUUGUACAAAUAUAGAUGAUAAGAAUAGUAUAAUAUUUACUCCACUAAACGUCGUUCCAUCAGUCAAUUAGAAUAUCGAAAUUAAGCGAUAUAGUUUUUUUUUAUUAUUUCCAAUCAUGUUGAUUUAAUCUGCAUUGUAUCCAUAGUAUAAAGAUGUUUAUUUCAUUUUCGUAUAAAUAAAAAUUAUCGACCAUU